UCGCAAGAAAGUUCACUCUUGUCGAAAUAGGGUUGCAUAUGGUAAUACUAUUUCCUAUUGUCAAUUGAACUUCCUUUUCUUCGUGCUUCACACAAGCAAGAUGCAAAUCUUCGUGAAAACACUUACGGGAAAAACAAUCACCCUCGAGGUGGAGCCUUCUGAUACCAUCGAAAAUGUUAAAGCUAAGAUUCAGGAUAAAGAGGGCAUCCCACCAGAUCAGCAACGUUUAAUUUUUGCUGGAAAGCAAUUAGAAGAUGGACGUACCCUUUCUGAUUACAAUAUUCAGAAAGAGUCAACACUGCAUCUUGUUCUUCGCCUUCGUGGUGGCGCUAAGAAGCGUAAGAAGAAGAAUUAUUCAACACCCAAAAAGAUUAAACACAAGCGCAAGAAGGUCAAGUUGGCUGUUCUCAAAUAUUAUAAGGUCGAUGAGAAUGGCAAGAUUCAUCGUUUGAGGCGCGAAUGUCCUGGGGAAAACUGCGGCGCGGGUGUUUUUAUGGCUGCCCAUGAGGAUCGUCAUUACUGUGGCAAAUGCAGUCUUACAUUUGUCUUCAAACAAGAUGAAAAGUGAGAUUAAAGACACAGAGAAACAUGUGUUUGUAAAAUGCACAAUAAAUGGUGUCUAAAAAACAAA